AUGUCAUUCGGCUUCAGCGUCGGAGACCUAAUAGCCACUUCGGAGCUGCUAAUCAAAGCCCACAACUCCCUCCGGGACCAUUCGUCUCCUUUGGAGCUAGUCCAUCGCAUCGAAAUUAUUAGCAGUUCCUACCUCGAAAUCGAGCGUAUCGGCCUAGAUAACUUCACUGAGCCAGAAGUCCAGAACAUUGAAGAGAUUUCUGGCAUGUCGAAAAGCUUGACAAUGGAUAUCCUCCGCCAUUUCCCCGAACCCACGGAACAGGAGCGGUGGCAAAACCUGAGACGAAAGGAGAAGGAGAAGGGACUGUAUCUUGAGUGGGCGGCAUUGGCUGGAACGCUGGCGCAGGCUGUAGCCGCCGUGCUGUUGGAAAACGCGAAUAGGAGGAUUGCAGCCCCUUCAGUGAACGCCAACACACAUUCCGCUCGUAAAGCGAGUCCUCGCCGCGUAGACACGAGACCCCCACGACCUCGGACAUGUAUCCUGAUAAUCAGCAUGGUAGUUUGUUUCAUAACGCUCAGCUGUUUCUUAGGCAUCUAUUUUACCGUGAAUAAGAGCUACGGGUAUAGCAUGGGCGAUGCGUUUACGCUCGCUGGAUUUGUUGUUGCGGUGGGUGCGAUGGUGUCUUCGGGAACGAUGGCACUUCACUAUCCACGAUGCGAGUGUUGGGGACGGGGGAAGGAGGGGAGGGUGGAGAUGCAACGUCUUAUGAGGGAAUCUGAAUAA